CGUCUUUGUGACGUCACACUAUUGAUUGUAAAGGAGAUCGUCUUUUGGAGACGCCAUCUUAAAAUAAAGUGAUAUAAGUUUUGGUAGCGUAGAAUUUAAAAAAUCCAAAGUAAUCUUAAUUUUUAGUGUAGCAUUUGCGCUUAUAUAAUUUUAUUAUAACAUUGCUAAGUGAUACGGACCAAGUUGGUGGUCGGUGCGAGGGUGACCUCCUGAUGGUGUGUACAUCGCAGCAUGUCUGCACUCUCGACGCCGGGCGGCGGAGGCAAUACGGCGCAGAGCAAGCCGACGUCCGGCAAGCAAAAAUAUCAGAAAUUGGACAUCAAUAGUCUGUACUGCGCCAAUAGGAAUGAAAAUUCAGAACCGUCCUCUGUUAAAUCACAAUUAAGCCGCAAACAUGGAAUGCAAAGUCUUGGAAAAGUGCCUUCUGCUAGGCGUCCUCCUGCCAAUUUGCCUUCUUUGAAAACUGAAACUGGUCAAGAUCCUAGUGCAAACUUAAUUUCAACUGUCACUACUACUGUUACAACAGCGGCAAUAUGUAUCUCACAGACAGCAACCACAACAUCAACGAGUGGUGCCAUUGCGGGCACAGGAUCAGCAGGAUGGGUAGCAUUGCCCCCACCAUCGUCGCCACACUUCCGUACAGAGUUCCCCUCCUUGGAGGCAGCAGCUCAACCCUCACACCGUUCUUCAGAUCAUUCUGGACCCCAAUUACAACUGAGACCACAAACGGAAGGCAGUUGGACGUGCGGUGGAACGGCCGGCGUUCGGCAAGAAACUACAUCACCCGCCGCCGCGCCCGCCUCCACGCCUGCUUCACAGCAAAUACCCGCCUACCGCGCCAUUGUGCCAUCCUUCCUGAUGAAAGGUAGCAGUGGUAGUGGGCUUGGAAUAGGACCUUUGAAUUCACUUCGUGACAAUAGAAGUAAUGUAAGUGGUAGUGGUGGAGGUAAUGCAAAUAAUAAUAAUUCUGGAGGCCCUAGACCAAACCCAAGGCCAUCAGCUACACCUAGAGCUGUGGAGGUUCUUACAGCACGACCCAUUCUACGUGAUGAACAAAUAUCGUCACUUGAUGAUAUAUCACGUGAUGCUGGAUGGGCUCAAAACGAUGAUAUUGAUUAUGAUCAAAAACUGGAUUUCUCUGAUGGUGAAUCUUCAGCACCAACCCCUAAAACCAGUAACAAAAAUAAUAACCGCGCCAGUAUUGACGUCGAACGUGUGGAUUCUAAAAUCCAGGAGCCAGGUGAUGAAGACCAGCUGUGGGCGGAGCGGAGGCAAAAGCAAAGCAAUGAAGUUGCUCAAGCUGUCGCACGAGCUCGCCAACGCAAAGAGGAGGAGCAGCGCCGUCAAAUGAGAGACGCUUCUACUCAGUCUUCAAAAGGAAAUCGUGAUAGAACAGAAAGAAAUGAUCGCGACCGUGAGCGUGAUCGUAAUGAUCACAGAGAGAGAGAUCACGAUAGUCGCGAAAAGGAGAGAGUGGAAAACAGGGACCGUAUGGAGAAUAAAGAAAGGGGUGACCGCGACAGGGAUAUGAGAGAUAAGGAUCGCUUAGACAAUAGAGACCGUGAUCGCAUGGAUAAUAGGGAUCGUUUUGAUAAUAGGGACCGCGAUAGAGAUCGCCCCAUUGAUAGCAGAGACCGGAACAGAGCGGAUAAUAGGGACCGUCAGGAUGCUGAUAAAGAAAGGGAACUGCGUGAUCGUAACGAUAAUAGAGAUCGUAACGAUAAACGGGAACGUAAUGAUAACAGAGACCGUACUGAUAACCGAGACCGUAUCGAUCGCGACAGAUUUGAUCGAGAAAGAGACCGCAACGAUAGAGAUAGAGAAAGAGAAAGGGCAGACAGGGAUAGAAAUGAACGGGAUCGCGAUUUUCGCGAUCGUGACAGAGACUACGGCCGCGAUCGUGACCAAACCAAUCCUGCCUUCUCAAAAACUUUCCAAGCAAAUAUACCUCCUAGAUUCUUGAAACAACAACAGAAUAGACAACAAGAUGACCAAAAUAAGUAUAGACCAAGGCGACAAGAACCUCCGGCGUAUAAUGCGCCCAGACAUGCUCCACAUAAUGGCCGACGUUCUUAUUCAAGGGAUUAUUCUGACCGCGAAGAUGAGGUUAGACGGGAUAAGGAGAGCUCAGGACCACAAUGGAGAUCGGAAAUGCAAGACCAAGAUAGAACUGGGAGAGACUUUGAUCGUUCUAAUUCAAAAGAUUAUGGUGAACAAAAGGAUCGUCGGAAUGAAUCUGAUAGAAAAUCAUACGAAAGUACUGUUGAAAGUAGCAGAACGGCAGCUGAUAAGUUAUCUGAAGUAUUUGAGAGGAAAAGUAUAGGGCUUUUUGAACCCUUUGUUAAUUCUGACUCCACUGCAUCUAUCAAAGCUCCUGAAAGAAGAACUACACCACCAUCCAAUGUUACACAAUGUGAUUCCUCUGAAAAAGAUUUUAGUAAAACAUCAUGGGCAGAAGUUGCAAAGGAAGAAACUAGUAAUCAUAAUGCAGCAAAACCUUUGGAAAAUGUGGGCCCAAUAAAAGAUAGUGAACCACUUUUAAAUGAACCUACUUCUUAUAUCGAUUUUAAAGAGUCUGCUCCUACUCCAAUUUCAGUAGCACAAACAACACAACAGAAUAUUGUUCCAGUAAAUAUUUCUUCUGAAAGUAAUGGCACACAGGCCCAGAUUAAUAAAUACUCUAAUAACAUCCCUCAUUCUCAAAAUUUUGUUCAUCCCCUUCAAUCUAAUCACACUUCUUCUCAUGUUCAAAAUCAUAAUACUUCUUCAGUCACCUCUCUACAACCUUCCUUUACUGACAGUCAAUCUCUUCCUAAACCAAUAAAUGUUUGUCCUCCUAAAGUUGAAGUAGUUCCUAAUUUACAACAGCAACAGCUAGUUACAGAACAUAUAACUUCGCAGAAUAAUAAUCCUGGUUUUAAUAAUAAUAUACAAAAAAUAGAAAAAGAAUCUUCAUCACAGCCUGAAUCACUUAUGACCAAAUCUAAUAACGAUCCUUCCGUUACCAGUACAAAAAUUAUUGAUCCACGCUCUUCAGAAGUUAUUCCAGCAGAUUCUAUCAAAAUGCCUGCUGAAGGAUCAAAGAAUGAAAGAUUUAGUAGUGAAAAUCUUACCAAAAUUCCUCCUAAAGAACCUGUGGAAAGAAAAUCAAGUGGAUCUGGAUCUGAAAAGAAAGGAAGGGGGUUUGGCAGCGGUGGUUUUAAUGUGUAUAAUAGAGGUUGGGGACCUAGAGAAUCUCGAGGACGUCGUUCACAUCGUAGUUCACGAUCUAAUAAUAGAGCAAGCGAGUCCGAUGGUUCAACUGACGCGGAUCGUAAAGAGAGGCGUAGAGCACCACGUAGUCCAAGGGGACCUAAGAAACAGGAUAGACCUGAAGAUGUUUGUAAUGUUCAUCCACAUCAAGUUCAGGUACCUUGUAUAACAGAUGCUCUAGAGAACCGAGAACCUUUUGCUCCGCGUGGUCAACCUUCUCGUCGUGGUCGUGGCGGUUUUCAAGGUACUACGAGACCUCCUGCACCUGCUAAAAGAGUUACAGGUUAUGGGCCACCAAACACAAAAAGUCCAUUUAGUCAAGCUAACCGCGUAAAGGAAAAUGAAGAUGUAAAAGAAGGAAUCCCAGAUGAUAUGGAUAAAGGCGGCAAUAGGCAGCGCACAGGUUCAUCUGGUAAGGGCCGUGAUCGUCGCUCCAGGGGUGGCAUGGGGCCUAAUAGCGGUGAAGACGAAAAUUGGGAGACGACUUCUGAACAUUCCGAGGGUGGCGGAACGCGCCGCCGAUCUGUUGGGGGAAGGCAAUCUGGUCAAUCUCAAAAAAGUGGAAAUCGCAAUCAAAAUGCAGGGAAUAGACAAAAUAGUCGUAAUGCACCAGCAGCUAAGAAAGAUAAUUUAUCAGACAAAGGUGUUGAUGUCACAGAAGCUAUGACUGAUUUAAAGAUUUCUGCAGCUAAAAAUGAAGAAGUAGUGGAUGAUGGAUUUCAGGAAGUACGAAAUAAAAAGAAUUCUAAAGAUGCGCGGGGUUCCUCUGCAAAUGCUAAAGACGAAAGUCAAAAUGGUACAAAACAACCUCGCUCCCGCUCUAAUCAGGGCGGCGGUAGAAACGGAUCUUCGACUCGAAAUUCUAGCGAAAAAUCUAACUCUCGUGGAUCAGCUCCUGUGUCUGGUAAACCUAAUUCGCAGUAUGAUAGACCACGUACAGCGAAUCUGCCUCCACGUUUCGCUAAACAAAGACAAAAACAACAAAUGGGAUUAGUAUCUAGUUUUAUACCUGAUACGGGAGCAGCCCCACCUCCUCCCACAGUUAAUGCAUGGGAUAAACCAAUUUCUCAAACUCUUAGGGGAAAUGUUGAAGAACCUUCAGAAGUGGUGGAUAAAUCCAGCCAAUCGAGUCAAAGAAGUACGCCAGGUGAUGCAAACCCUCAAAUUGAGCCCAAACCUAAUCCAACUCCUGUGGUUGUGCCUGAAAAGACUGGUGUACUUGAUGGCUCUACUCCUCCAGUAGAAACAAUUAUAUUCGAAAAUACAAACUACAAAACUCCACCAGCUGAAGCAUUAAAACCAAAAUAUCAACCAAGUGCUAAUACGGUUAAAUCUCAAGAGGAAGUUGCUAGUGAGAUGGAAUCACGGGCACUUCAAUUUAAUGGCGACGUAAGAUCACGACCCAGAUCGAUUCAAGAGCUAAUGGCUGAGACUGGCAGACCCGUAUCUGAAGCUGAGGGCUCUCUAGGUCUGCCAAUGUCAUUUGAUGCAACUCAAAAAACAGAAGAUUCAUCUGAUAUGAAAUUAGACUUCGCAUUUGAUUCUGAUCUUGGUCAAUUAACAGAAGACAAGUCUGCAAAAUCACUUGGAUUGCCGCGCGGUACACAUAUGAGUACUUCAAAUACAAUUUCUCCACUGGCUGCCGAUCUCAAUUUAAAAAUUGCCAGUGUCAAAAAAGUUUGGGAAAUGCCAGCUGUCGCUGAAGGAAGUGAAGAAUUACAGUUCGCCGGUUUUGAAGAUGCGCACAAUAAUGCUGAUACAGGUGCCCCGCCAAAUGUUUGUAAGGUUAAGCCGACGCAACAGUUGCAAUCUCCACCACCACAACACUAUAAUCAUGUUAGCUACCCAGGAGGUUAUGGAGGUCUAUCAGUUCCUUCUCCUCCAGCUGUGUUAUUUAAUUCAUCGCAACAAAUUCUGGGUUCAUCACAGCAAUUGCCACAGCAAGGAGGGCUCUACGGUGCAUUCUUAGAUCAAACGAGAGGACAAUUUGGUGGAUUCCCGGCAACUCCAUAUGGAGCAGGAUCGGCUACUCCAUAUAAUUAUCAGCCUCCACCAGAUAUGUUCCAGAGUCUACAAAGUCAGUACCGAAUGGCAGCAGCUGGGGGUGGUGCAGCUUUUGGACAAUCAGGACAAUUGGGUAACAGUCCCAGCACAGUUCUCAUCUCCAGCACAUCUAAUUCACUGAUGUCUGCCACAGUCAAACCAACUACACAACAGAUUGGUGCAAUAGUUUUUGCACAUGUAAAGCAACUAGUCGGCGGCGGCAACAACGGUCGCGGCGGGUGCGGCAACGGCGCGAUGAGCCGCAACAUGGGCCCGCAGCGCUAUCCGGCGCCCAUCCAGCGGCCGCACGCGCCGGCCAUGCCGCUGUACCGGCCGCCCGCGCAGCCGGCCACGCGCCCGCACCACGCGCCCCGCCACAACCUCUACUACCACCACCCGCAGCGCAGUGAGUACUCGCACCCUGCGCAGUAUUCCAACAUUCAGUAUGGCAGCGGCAGCGGCGAGCAAGCCCGCGACGGGGGCGACACGCCGCUGACAGUGGAGGAGGCGGUGGAGGCGCCCGCCGCCAGCGACGCUCCCGCGCCCGCCGAGGUGAAGGCGGAGUGAGCGCCGCGCCCGCCUCGCCCGACUCGCCCGACUCGCCCGACUCGUAGCACGCGGCUAACGGUUCUCUCGGUAUUUUAAGUCGUAAAUUAUGGAUGUGAUGAUUAAGAUUAUUUAAGAUUCGGACGGAGACGCCUCAGGCCAGGGCUCCGCACCGGAGCGCGCACCGGCCGGCUCCGGUAGCCAGGACGCGAGGCGCUCCCUUUGUUUGUAUGUAAAUAUCGGACGGACAUCCGGCUGUCUAAUUUGACUGUUAUAUUUUAAGUAUAUGUAAAACGCGAAGGUCAGCAGCUUCGCUGCGAACGGCCGGAGCGCUGCGAGGACUCUGCGUCCGCUUAACGAUGCUGCCUCGAGACCUCUCACUAGUGAAUAUGUAGCCACGGUUUUGCAUAACGAAUGACGAUGCAAUAUAAAUAAAUAAUGUAAUUUGGAGCGGAACGACCGAAUUGCGCUCGGUGUCGUCUGACCGGUGCGCGUUAGCGCUCCAUGUAUCAUAAUCAAUUAUUAUAUGCGAAUAAAAUUAUUAUGACCGA